GAGAGAGAGAGAGAGGAAAUGCAUCUUUGGAUCCAAAAGAGAAAUGUGGCUUCUUGACUUCAUUUAUCUCCUGUCCAACAUGCAUAGAAAAAACCAACUUCUUCUUGGCUUUUUCUAAAAAGACUCGCUAUAGAAGAAGAAAGAAGAAGAAGAAGGUGGUAGUGAUGGGAACAGGUGCAACCGAACUAUAUUUCGUCUUCAUGAACUUCGAUCCCGAAUAUGAGCGUCUUCGCACCGACCGAACAAAACAAGGAGCAUAUGAGCUGGACCUGUACCUGAGCAACAAGCAUGAUGAGUUGCUUGCAAGCACACUCCCAACAGGCACUUACAAGAAGAGGUUUUCUUGGGUCAUUGUGGAUGGAUUCGCCGUAGAAAUCACUGAUGAUCAGGCUGAGGUGCUUAGAUCUACAAAGGGAGUGAGAGUUGUAGAGAAGAACCAAGAGCUUGAUUGACGGAUGAGAUGAAAUCUUCAGAGAAAAAAGGAAAAAGGUUGGGUUUUCCUACUACUUUAAUGAUUUUGGUGAUUAAAUGUGUGGAUGGAGGAGUUUAUUUGACUUGCUAUCUAUCUGUAUACAUAAAGAAUAUCUGGGGGCUAUAUUUGGAAUUUUCAUAUUUUUUUCAGAGAGGAUGGAUAGCCUGUGAAAUGAUGGAAAACUAA